AUGAAACAAAUGAAUGGACAACAUCUUGGUCUAAUAAUAAUGUUUGGGUUAACAUCCAAAGCUGAAAGAUUUGUUUCAGCAUUUGAUAAUGUUAAGAAGACGAUCAUGUUUUGUCGAGUGAAAUGUAAACGAUAUUUAGUUCGAAAUGGUUGUCCAAUAUGUGAAUGUAAUCCAUUUGUAUAUGAUCAACCAUAUUGUUGCCCUAAAGAACAUGAUGGAUGUUGUCCAGCAAGACUUGCUGAUAGAGUUCGUCGUUCAGAUCCAAAUAUAUUAUUUCCACGUUUUCCAAAAUGUUAUUCAGAUGAUAAUUGUAAAAUAGAUGAAAAAUAUUGUGGAAACUGUUCACUAAGAUGUAUGAAAGCUGUUAUUCAUUAA